UGUGCAUUACUUUUCAGUGUUUGUUAGCAUUAAUCAUGUUGUUGAAUAAAAUUACAAGAGUUGCAUUAAAGACCGGAAAUGCAAAAAGUUUAUUGGUGCCAACACAUACGUCACUGUGUAAAACAAAACCUUCCUUUUCCGAAGACCGAAAUGGGAAAGUUUACGAAAUGCGAAAAUAUGUCUUCAAACCCGACGCAAUUCCUGAGUUUAAUAAAAUAAAUGAGUUGUUUUAUUUAAGAACAAACGUAUCAAAGUUGGUCGGUUAUUGGUCAUGUGAUAUGGGAAGCACUCUUAAUUCAUAUGUACAUAUUUGGGAAUAUGAUGACCUUCAACACAGAGCAGAAGUUCGUAAAGCUCUUUCACAGAACGAGGAAUGGAUUCAAAAAUAUUUUUCAAAGCUGCUUCCUUUGUUGGAUGUUCAAGAAAACUCUACAAUGUAUUUGCCUUCGUGGUGCAAACAAGUUAAUGACGUGGGGAAACAAAAUGGUGUCUUUGAACUUAUGACGUACACAAUGGUAACGGGUGGGUCGGUUAUUUGGGGGGAAAAGUUGAAAGCCACCAUAAAAGCUCAUGCUAGAAUUGGUUACAGUGAUUUGAUUGGAGUUUGGUACACAGAUAUUGGUGAUCAUAACACAGUUCAAGUUUUGUGGCGUUAUGAUUCGUUUGACAGUAGAAGGAUUGGACGAGACAAAGCUCACAAUGAUGCAGUAGUUGUCAAUAAAGUAAGAGACAACUUUAAGAAUGUGACACAGCAUUCAUCUAUCCUUAUGCUCCCAACUCCAUUCUCUACUAUGCAAUAAACACUUCUUGGGUAAAUCCUACUGGUGUACAAUGUUAUAGAACUAAUUUGGUGAGAUUUUUUUGGUUUACUAUACAAUAGCAACUUCUUUGGUCUGAUCUGUUUUGCAAUGUAUUGGAACUACUUAAGGGUGAAAUUAGUCUAGUGUACAAUGCAGUAAAAGUACUUCGGCUUUCACAUAUCCUGUCUAUAAUGAAAUCAAUAUUUUGUACGAAAACUAUUUUACCGUCAGCUAUACAGUUCCAUCUGUUUAUAUGCCAAUAUUGUGUGUUAUUUCUUCAAGCGUACUUUCUAUCUGCGUAGUAUAUAACUUAUCAAGCUGUACAAACUUUCUGCAUUGCAAUAUUUUCAUAACGUCUGUGUAUUUAUAUCGACCCUAUAUGCUUUUGGUUGCUCGGCAUUUUUCAGUAUCUUCGAAAUAAAAUAAAAACAUGAUGC